AGGAGCAUAAGUAUAUUCACAGCCACGGACAUGGUCAUGUUCAUUUUCCGGAAGGAGCAAAAGAUUUGUACUUCUUCGAGGACAAUCUAGCACCUGGAUCAGUUCUCAUCACUCGUAUUCUGUCCGCGAGACAAAGCUCCAUUUUUCUACACCGGAACAAUUCAAAGCACAUCCCAUUCUCCAUGAAGAACAUCACUGACAUCCUCACCAUGUUUUCGCCUGUGUCAGCCACCAUGGCCGAUGGCAUUGCAGCGACAUUGCAGGCCUGUGAGCACACAGGAAUGGUCCAUGGCGAGAAGGCUAAAUGCGCUACGUCGAUCGAGUCAUUGCUUGAUGUCGUUGUGUCCUCGCUAGGCACAAAGCUUGUCCGGGCCUUGACCCCUGGAGCUCCAAUGGAAGGUGUGCCGUCGCUAAGGUACAUCGUGGCCUCUGCUACACCGGUGCCCAACUCCCAGAGUAUGCUAGCUUGCCAUGACAUGCUAUACCCCUACAAGGUGUUCUUCUGUCACACGCCCAAGCAAACCAGGUUAUAUCAGGUGUCACUGGUCAGCGGUGAAUCUGGUCGACCGCUCAUUGAUGGAUUAUUGGCUGUGUGCCACCAAAACACGUCGGACUGGGACACUGGCCACCCAUUCUUCCAUUUUAUGGAUGUGAAGCCAGGAGAGACCACUGCCUGCCACUUCUUCGGUAGAGGAAGCAUUAUAUGGGUGCCAGUGCCAUCCGUGAAAGAAGCAACCCAGUAAGCUAAUCUAUGUAUGUUGUUUCUGGUGUAUGUGUGUGUGCACGCGCGCAAGUGCACAGUACUUGUGAGUGUAAUAAGAGAUCUUGUAGCUUAAUUAGUACUUUCUUCUGUGUUUGAUGUUAUGCCACACUUACCUAUCAGUUGGAGCUACUUGA